CAGCAACGACAAGUGCGGUAUAAAGGUAUACCUAUUGAGAAUAGUGGUGUAUUAAUGUUAUAAAUGUGUGUUGUAAAUAUACAAAGUAUACAGGGAGUACAGAAGAGGGAAGAAGAGAAGAACAUUCAAGUAUAGUAAUAAGAAUAUAAAAAAAAAUAAAAUAAUAAAAAGUAAGACGAGGGUUUGUGUUAGCUAAAUAAUAAGAACAAGUAACCAGCAAAACUGAGGAGAACUGCUGAACCACAAGUGUAACAGACUAACAGAGAUUUUAGUUUUUACUCUCAGUGUGUUCUCGAUCCAUUCCGACAUCACCAAUCACGAGCAUCACUACUUACUCUUUCGUGUUGUUGUUCCGAUGUUUCUAAACUCAAGCGGACAUUAUUUAUUAAAAUAAAUUUCCUGUGGACUUAUGCUGAUUAAAAUUUGGCGAUGAAAAUAGUAACAACUGUAGACCUGACAUAAAGUGGUGAUGAUAAAUAAGUUGAUCAUUCGAAUAAUGGACGGGGGUCCGAUGCCACCGUAGUUAUCAGCAUCAACAACAACAACAACCAACCAACCAACCAACCAACCGACACACUAUAGAUAUAUAUUUCAACCUACGUUAAUGUAUUGCUAUGAUAACAACAACAAAUAGUUCAACAAGUAAUAGUUCAUCUUUGGCAGGAGCACUAUCAGUAAAUAUGUCAAUUAUUGAAGAAGAUUCUGUAAAUUUAACAACAACUACAUUAACAACCGACGAGCCAUUUCCACCGCACGUUGACGCAACAAAUAUUGUUAUAAAUCCCGAGUCACCGUCUAGCAAGAAGCAAUCUCUCAAGACAUUUAAUGAAGUAAAUACCCUGAUUCAGGGAAACAGGAAACGUGACGUAAAAAUAAUAUUAAGGGAGAAUGCUUGGCCGCUUAAUAAUGGAAUCAGAGCCCACUUGUGGCCGGCGCUCUGUCAGCAACACACUUCAGCUAAAAAUAUUUUUACUAAAGCUGAAGAUGGCUUUUAUUGGGCCAUGGUUACCUCAUUGUUCGGUACUGUUGGUAAGAAUGAUAACGAUAGCAAUCAUUAUCGGGAUAGUGUUGUUAGUAGCCUAACUGGGGGAGCUAUUGCUUUUCCCGCCAAUCCUACUCCUUCCCAAAUAGUACAAUUAAUCGAAGAAAAACUGUCGGAAAAGUCAAUAGUAUUACCGUCGUUUGUCGAUAGUAGCCAUUGUUUGUCCUACAAUUUAACCGGAAAGGGUAGAAAUAUUGCAGACCGCGUAGUUUCUGUUCUGGGAUUCUCAUGCCCGGAUAUAACUUACAGUCCGACGCUUUAUCCAUUCACGGCUCUACUGUUGCACUUUAUGACUGAGGAAGACUGCUAUCACUGCAUGGCGAGCUUGGUUGCUUGCAAGGACAAAGUAUUUGUUACCCAAACUAAAUUAUUAUUUGAAGUUACGUGGAAAACUGUCGAACAAAUAGCCAAAAAAUAUGUUAAAUCAGCAGCAGCGCAUUUAUCAAGACACAGUGGUAUGAGAGGCGAUAGAAUUUAUUCAGACUGGAUUUGGUGGAUCCUUCAAUUGCUUCCCUUUCAGCAUAUUGUCAGAGUGAUGGAUUGUUUUUUACACGAAGGUUCCAAGGUAUUUUAUCGAAUUUCAAUGGCUAUAUUGUUAUUAUUUUACAAACAUUCAUCAUCACAGUCGUCUGAAUGGAUGCAAGAAAUAGUUAAACACGGUUUAGAUACAGCAUUAUCAAAAUUUUGCCGACAAAUACCGGUAAGCCCGGCAAAAUUAUUAAGAAUAGCAUUUGGAAUUCGCGGAUUGACAUCGGCUUACAUAUCAAAAGUAUUUUUACGUACAGAAUUAACAUUAAAGAGCAGGACUGUAUUAACAGGCUCACGAUCACUAGCACGAUCAAGAUCAUCGGACAAUUUACCAACAAGUCAAUCUCAAGUCAACAUACAGAUGAUGUCACACACACUCACUAUUAGAGAGGGUUCACAUAGUCCGGAACCGCGGUCGUAUGCAAUGGGAGCUUACCCUAUACAGGGAAUAAAAUCGCUAGUCAUUGAAGAAGAUGAAAAUUUAUUUACACUGUGGUCGUGGUUGCCUGUGAGGAUAACAAUGUAUCAGCCUACUCUAUUGUACACCACCGAGGAACACGGAUGUUCUUUAACAACAUUUUAUUUACGAGUUGAACAACACGAGCCUACUUUGCUAAUGAUUAAAACGUGUAAUAAUGAGGUAUUUGGUGCAUAUUGUUCGACGAGAUGGUGUGAAAGAAAUAUGAAAGACGACAAGGGACACAGACAAGCGUACUUUGGUACUGGAGAAACAUUUUUAUUCAGUUUAUAUCCAGAGCGUGCUAAAUAUCCGUGGGUUGGAAUGGAUUCUACGCACAAUGACAUAAAAGUUCAUCAUUCGGCUGAACUCUUUAUGGCUGCUGACUCUAAAAUGAUAACUAUCGGUGGCGGUGAUGGACAAGCAAUUUGGAUGGACGAGAACAUAAGAUACGGAAAAACAGAUCACUGCUCGACAUUCAACAAUCCGCCUCUCUGCGCCAGUGGUGAUUUUGAAAUUCGAGUACUAGAAGUUUAUGGUUUUUCCGGAGCUUAAUUCUAAUAUUUAUUAUAAAAAUAACUUUUAAAGUCUACUGCCAUUAAAUAUUCUCUCUAUCUGUGUCGAUAGUUGAACUAUAAAAAAAAAAAACUAUAGUAACAAUAAUAAUAAUAUCAAUAAUUUCGUGUGUCAUCGAUGUUUAAUAUAUACAUAUAAAUUUUAAUAUAUACUAUUGCGUAUCCUACUGCUUGAAGAAUAGUAUUAUUGGAAUUGCCAAUUAGUCAGCUGUUGAAAUUAUAAAUAAAUAAUAAUAAUUGUACAAUUAAAAAAAAAAAAAAUAAGAAAAAAGAAACACUCGAGUGCAUUACGCAGAUGUUUUUUUUUUUUCUUUUUUCUUUUUUUUAUUAGAUUAUUAUUAAGUAUAUAUGUUGUAUGUAAAUAGUAAUUAAACACUAAACAGGAUAAUGUUGCUGCUUCUGUAAUAAACAAUACAAGUCUGCGUUGGGAACAAUUGACCGCGUAUUUAUUUAUAG